UCACGUUACGGCGAUUUUACCGUCGAGAUCGUAACGAUGCGGUCCGCACGGGUCCGACGGUGUGCUAGCAGGUUAGUCGGGGCUCUCAGCCACUCGCUCGGCGCGUUGAAGGUAUGCGCGUCGCUUCGUGCGUGCGCUUACGUAAAAAACAAUAAACAAUAAACGUACGAGGUACACAACAUCACGCACGGGCGCCGUAAGUUUAAUGUCACCCGACUUGCUUACGACGACGACGACGGAUUCGUCGGCGCGCAACUCUCGUACCGCACGCGAACGCUGUACAUCCCGGAACGUGUUUUUAAACAUAACGACGUACGCGGGGCACGCUGACCAGUGAUAAUUGAACGCUGCCCCCGGCGGCGGUGGGCGAUCGCGCCGCCGACCGAAAUAUUCUCGUUUUACGAUCGGUAGUGACAGGAGUCGAUCUUGCCGCCGUACGGCUCCUCCGCAGGACAGCACCGCGUCUACGAACCGCACGACGGCGGUGGACGAUCUCGUUGGAGUGCCGCUUAGAAUGUGUGUUCCGGUACGUUCGUAUGCGUGAAACGUGCGUCCGACGUUGGCGUUAUGCGUUCGCGCCCGCUUGCCGGGCGAAUCGGGCAGUUAUGCGGUAUGCCGGUGUAUUUUUGUCGGACGAGCCGUCGACACGUGCCAUACGGACGUGCAAUCGAACGCCGAAACGACCGCGCUCGGUUUCUCUUUCGCGUCCGCCGCAAAAACACGUCGACCGAAAGCCGUCGCUCGUAAUCGCAACGCACCGUCAUUAUUCGAAAUAAACCGUUAACAACAAACAUAUAUACAUUGCGCGAACACCGCGUUAUCUCUGUUUCAACACCUGUGAUAGGUCCCUCGGGUCAAUCGCUCGGAUUCUUAAUACUUGUGAACACGCCGAGGUCCGCGCAACAAUAAUUGUUAUCAAACGUAAUUUUAAUCAAAAUAAUCGCAUUAACCAUUGUCCAUCAAUGAAAACUAUAUCGCUAAUAUUUACUGCGUCGUUUUAUGAUCACGUUUUACAACCGACGUUGGAUUUCAAUACGAAUAUCAAACGAACAUUUGUAGAGUGAGUAUGAAUAGAGCAAAGAUAAUUGAGUUCAUGAGUCGGUCAAACAAUUUAGUGAAGAAAAAUCACAACGAAUUUAAUUUUGAUAUCAAAAUGUCUACGAUUAGAUACAGGUGUCGGACGACGUGGACGAAUAGUGCCGAGGUGCUGGUGUGAUAAGCCUGACUAUGGACUUGGACGCGGACACGGUGGAGCGGUGGCUGUGCGAGCAGGCGCCGCAGGACCUGGUGGACCGCGUGAUCCGGGCCCGGCUUCAGCACCGCACCGGGUCGCUGACCAUAAACCGAGCGAAACGCGGCUCCAUGACGUCCGAGAUGUUCAACACUUGGCUGGCCUCAUCGCCGAUCAAACGGUCAAAGUCGCCGAACAGAGUGACAAGAAGCAGCGGUGAAUGGAGACAUCAUCUGGGCAUGUUGGACGAAGGAGAGCUUUUCAUGGAGCUCAUCCGAGACGUAUCGAACGAAUUGGAUAUCGACGUCCUUUGUCACAAGAUACUCGUCAACGUCGGCUUAUUAACCAGAGCCGACCGUGGUAGCCUAUUCUUAGUAAGAGGCAAACAUCUGGUGGCCAAAUUGUUCGACGUAACAGUAAACACUGAACUCAGAGAAGCCGUUCACAAGGCGAAGGAGGAGGAAAUCCAAAUACCUUUCGGCGUCGGCGUGGCAGGGACAGUGGCGGAGACCAAGGAAGUGGUGAACAUCAAGAACGCAUAUCAGGACCCACGUUUCAACCGGGAAAUUGACCACAUGACGGGUUACAAGACUAAUUUGAUACUGUGCGUGCCGAUCUGUAACUACGACAAUGACGUGAUCGGCGUGGCUCAAAUAAUCAACAAGACUGACGGAAGCAAUUCGUUUACCGAGCACGACGUUGAAAUAUUCCAAAGGUACCUGACGUUCUGUGCUAUCGGAAUACAAAAUGCCCAAUUGUUCGAAAAGUCUGUACAGGAAUUCCAAAGGAAUCAAAUGUUGCUCAGCUUGGCCAGAAGCAUAUUCGAAGAACAAAACAAUUUGGAUUGUUUAGUAUCGAAGAUUAUGACCCAAGCCAGAGAUCUGAUCAAAUGCGAGCGCUGUGUGGUUUUCCUACUGGACUUGGAAUGCGAAGAAGCUAGCCAUUUGGAACACUUUGGAGCCAAGCCAGGAAAUUGUUCACUGGAAAAGAAAGCGUCCACUAAAAAUAGUACCACCGACGCAUUAGCCAACAAGGAUAUUCCGGUUGCACGUGAAGAAAAGGACAUAAAUUUCACCACGGCUUUCGAACUGGGCUCGGAACACGGGGUGAAGAAGAUCAAUAAGAACGUCAAACCGUCCAAGCUGCUUCAGAUAGCGCAAGAAGUGGCUAGCUCUACCCAGUUGUUGAACAUUGCGGACGUGCAGGUGUGGGCCGCCUCGUUGAACCGACAGCCGAGCGCCGACAGCGAGGAUGGGUGCGCGGGUCAGGUGUCCAUCAGGUCUAUACUGUGCAUGCCGAUAUUGAACGGCAAAAAAGACGUGAUCGGAGUCGCGCAGCUGAUAAACAAGGACACUGGGUUCCCGUUUACCGACUGCGACGUAGCGACGUUCGAAGCCUUCGCCAUAUUCUGCGGCCUGGGCAUCCACAACACGCAGAUGUACGAGAGCGCAUGCAAACUGAUGGCUAAACAAAAAGUAGCUCUCGAAUGUUUGUCGUACCACGCGACCGCGUCGGUGGACGAUACGAUCAAACUAGCGCAAGACAAUAUCCCUUCGGCCGAAACGUAUAACCUAUACAGUUUUAAAUUCAUCGACUUCGAUUUGUCGGACGACGAUACGUGCAAAGCGACCAUCCGUAUGUUCCUGCAGUGCAAUCUAGUGCAACAAUUCCAAAUCCCGUACCACGUGCUUUGCAAAUGGGUAUUGAGCGUGAGAAAAAACUAUCGACCUGUAAAAUAUCACAACUGGAGACAUGCGUUAAACGUUGCACAGACCAUGUUUGCUAUGUUAAAAACCGGAAAAAUGGAAAGAUUCAUGAGUGAUUUGGAAAUUUUAGGAUUAUUAGUGGCGUGUUUGUGUCAUGAUCUUGAUCAUCGGGGCACGAACAAUGCUUUCCAGACGAAGACCGAAUCGCCGUUAGCCAUUCUUUACACAACUAGCACGAUGGAACACCAUCACUUCGACCAAUGCGUAAUGAUAUUGAACAGUGACGGCAACAACAUAUUCCAAGCGUUAUCACCUGAAGACUACCGCUCAGUGAUGAAGCUGGUUGAGAAUUCAAUUUUGUCCACAGAUCUGGCCAUGUACUUCAAAAAGAAAAGCCGAUUUAUGGAGGUGGUGGAAAACGGUGAAUUUGACUGGCAAAGCGAGGAGAAAAAAGCACUGUUGUGCGGUAUCUUGAUGACAGCUUGCGACGUAAGCGCAAUAGCAAAACCUUGGGAAGUGCAGCACAAAAUGGCCAAACUGGUGGCUGACGAGUUUUUCGACCAGGGCGAUUUGGAAAAGCUGCAACUAAAUCAACAACCAAUGGCCAUGAUGGACAGAGAGAAAAAGGAUGAACUUCCGCAGAUGCAAGUGGAAUUCAUCGACGUCAUAUGUUUGCCGUUGUACAAAGUUUUGUGUGACACGUUUCCGUGGAUCACGCCAUUAUACGAAGGCACGCUGGAAAACCGUAAGCACUGGAAAGAUUUAGCAGAAAAGGUUGAAAUGGGUUUAACUUGGAUCGAUCAUGAUAAGAUUGAGAUUCCCGUUGAAGAAUUCUUUACUAACAAAAGCACCAAAGAUAUAGAAUUCACCAUAACUACGUUAAAUACUACCCAAAAUUCCACGAAGAAAAGCAAUACAAAAAGCCUCGACCUUAAUCUGCAGGAUUCGUCCUCGUUCCACCGAAAUGGCGCUAAGUUCUCCAGCUUUCGGAAAAAACCGACUUCCAGCCGAUCGUUCCGGAACCGCGUCAGCCGCUCGUUGUACAACAGUACGGCGAGCAGCGGCUCGGCGUCGGUGAGCGACGCUUCUCAGGUGCCCACCGUCGACCAGCAGAUGAUCAGUUCUACUUCGUUGCCGGUUUUCACUUCUCCCGCGACCACGCCGGGCUAUAACAAUCAGCCCGCCCACAACACAUCGUUAUCGUCCACCACGCCAGUGAAAAACAAGAGCAAAUAUUGCCGGAUCCUGUGA